AUGUCGCUGUGCUCGCCUGCUUCGCGUUUCCUUUCGCGAACAGUCCCACUAUUUUCGCAGAAGAAGUUCGCAUGUACGCUGACAGUGUUACAUAUCUGUCAAGUUUUUGAAAAAUGGAAAUUGUUUUUGAUGAAGUGAAACCGUAAAUUACAUUUUGAGCGUUAGCUAAAUAAUCCGAGAGGCUUAAGUCCUAUUGGAUCCCCAGUGUAGUUAGCGGUGAAACCGGUUAUUAGAUCAACACGAUAUCUAAACUUUCUCAGCGUUUGCUGCAGAACCGAGACGGGGCGCCAAUACCGCGAUCCCCGCAUGAUUGUUUUCAAAGUCGUCUGAGGGGUUGAACAUCAUACCUUUGCGCAGGUCCCGUUUCCGUUGUAUCACGCUCUUCGAAACUUUGUUCGGCUGCGUUGGAUUUUUCAUAUUGAUAUUUUGUUCACCUGGUGAUCCAUUAUUUCUUUUUCACACUAACCGGGACCUCUGCUCAGCCACCUUUUAUUACUUGAUCACCGUGCGGCACAUCCGGUGCUUCUCGACAGCGGCUAUUUGACCAAUAAUAAACAGAGCAGGCUACUACUCGAGCGUCUGACAAGACGCAGACGUAACCAUGUACUAUUCUAACAACGCUGAUACGAACGUAAACGAGGAAGGAGCUCUUUCUCGUACUCUCCAGCAAUCCACGGACAACGCAUCCUUAAAACUGACCAUCAACAACCUUCGCCCGCAUUCGAAUCGCCAUGAGUCUUCGACAUCCACAGAUUCUACCAUUUGUCGCUAAUCUCACAGACCCAGCAUAUCUUGUUCCUCCGUGAGAUCAUAGUUGACUGAAUAAAUUCUCCGAAACCCGAAUCCGGUUACGCUAUUUCGAAACAUAGGAAAUCGUUAAGGAUGCACCCCACCUACUCACCACAUCUCAAUUAGCUUCCUUCGUCGAAAUUAUCCUGUUGGUCUACGCAGGCUGGCGUUUGAAUAAUGUCUCAGCUAAAUCACCAGUUUAGUACGUGCCUUUUGUCAACGUUUGCACUGUUUUGUCCCCUCCACUUUCCCGUCUUUAUUUUUAGGCUGGCAUGUUGACUGGAAACCUGCCCGCUAUCCCACAACUCCCGCAGAGCGUGCUGCUGCGGCUAAAAAGUAUGGACUUCUUCCACAAGACUACGAGACGUACGAGAAUGAUGGGAAUGCGCCAGGCGACUAUCCUAAGUUGGAACCUUUCAAUGAAUUGCACCGCGACCCUUACGAGCAUUAUGAUUACGGCUAUGUGAAACGUAAUUACAAUGAACCGAUUCCAUGGGACUGGGAUUAUUAUUGGUCCAUGGGCUAUGAUCCUGCGCAACAAGAACUGCGUUACGGCGAACCACGGUAAGUUUCGAGCCAUCUCUCAUGAAAGUCAUCGCCGAACGCGCCGCCCAUGUUGUCGAUUGCUUUGCAGAAUUGUAAAGUGCCCUUCAAAAAUCAUCACUGAUAUGAAGAUUUUCACCGGCUUAACCGUUAUAGAGUGCAAAACGGGAUUUAAAAUAAGUGUAUGAAGCGAAAAUGGUCCACAGUUUGCAGCCCGCUGCCCUCCAUAGGGAUUCGACUCGUAACUAACUUCCACACUUUUGUGAAGGCAGAUGCCCGAGUAUUUCAGCUUCUGAUUUACCUACCUAUUCGUUUAAUGCUUUGGAGGACUGAAAAGAUCAGCUAGUACAUUUUCUCGCCUCACAACACCAAGUAUUUUGAGUAAUUCUGUGUUGCUUCUAUCACCAUUGUCAAAUAGUAGAUUGAACUUGGUCUUAUUCAGUAGGGGUAGGGUAACUUGCCUCUAUUCAGUUGUUUUUAAAAAUGAAUUUUAUUUGUUUUUCGUUAGUUGGCGAACUCUACUUCGUUUCUUGUCACCCAUUCUCAUCCUUGGACCAAUCUUCUACAUCGGGGAGCAAUACAAAUUUUUCCUACCAAUGGUAAUAUUUCUGCCUUGUCAAAACUAUAGAUGAUAUUUCAUUUUCUGUUUGCGAGUGUUCGAGUUAGUCGUCUCAGCAUGUGCAAAAAGCAGACUUACGUUUUUCGCUCGUUUUGCUGCACCUAUCGAAAGUGUUUACCUGCUGCAAUGUCGCAUUAGCCUGGUUGAAAAUAGUAAUUAAUGCGCUUGAACACAGCUCCCUCGGGAGCAUUUUGACUUACUUCGUUGCACAACCUAGAACCUCUGCAAAACUGUGUGCGAUUCACGAACCUAAUUAUUCAUUUCUAGAUUACUCCAUUAUUUCUCAGGCCGAUAUUGUUUUUUUCGGCUCAUAGCACUCUAAGCAGGGGUCGUCAUUACGGUGAUGCCGCCAGUUUUUAUCCACUUUUUCCGUUUUCAAUCCCCCUAGAUGCCAAAGCAAUAUCCGGACAAUGGCAGGCCAAACUACACUUUUGAGCCAGCAGAGUGA